GCUCCUUACCAGAACUCGGGGAUACACCUGUGUAGUUUCGAUUCACCUGAAACACCCACCGCCCGCUUUUCCUAAUGAACUAGACUGUGGCCUGGUUUCCAGCUUCGUUUCAAAAUUCAUCGCCUCUUUGGUCCAAGGUAUGGACACACGAGAGAUGAUGGAUCAGAAGAGCAGAGAUGAGCGGCUCUCGCAGCGCUAACUGAAUCUGUCGCCGUCUCUGUGCGAAUGGAAGCCGCAAUAUCUUUGCCCGCCUGAAUCCUGAUACAUUUCGCUUUAUUUUCACCUUUCAGCUACCCGAGUUGCACAUAGGAUAGUGGCUGAUUCUCGACCAUCCGCUCAAACCCUUAGCAGCAAUACUGGGAAUCAUAAUCGUGGGACCUGAAAGAGACCAAGACACAAACCCGCCCAGAAAAGGGAGGGUGAAUGAGUGGAGAGAGAGAGAGAGUGAGAGAGAGACUGCUCAAAUAAGAAGUCUUUUAUCUAGGAUAUUAAAUCUAUUAAUAGAGAGUACGACAAAUACUAUUUACUGAUUCUGGUGGGAGAAUAGUAGACGGCGUAGCAUCUGUUUUACUAAGCAAAUUCAAGGAUUUCAUUUUUUUUCUUUUUGGGACCACAAGAGAAGAAGGAGGAGAAGAUCAUAGUUUUGGGACUGUCAUACAGUAAGAGUGCUUCGGCUCCUGGAUACGGGGAUCAUGAAGGCAGCGGUGGAUAUGAAACCGACGUUAAACAUCAAGUCCGAAAAAGUAGACGAUGUGGAGUGUGAGGACGUGCCCCUGCUCACCCCCGGCAGCAAGGAGAUGAUGUCACAGGCCCUGAGGGCCACCUUCAGCGGCUUCAGCAAGGAGCAGCAGCGGCUCGGGAUCCCCAGCGACCCUCUGCAGUGGAGCGAGAGUCACGUGGCAGCCUGGCUCUUGUGGACCGUGAACGAGUUCAGCCUGCGCAACGUGGACUUCUGCCGCUUCUGUGUGGACGGCGCCACGCUCUGUGCUCUGGGCAAGGAGCGCUUCCUGGAGCUUGCGCCAGACUUCGUGGGCGACAUCCUCUGGGAGCAUCUGGAGAUGCUGCAGAGAGAUGUGAAAUACUUCCACACUGAUGUGGUGAAGCCCAUCUCCCAGGAUGCCUGCUAUCCUUUGGAUUAUUUUGGAGGUUACGGCAUUGAGCAUGCCCAGUGCGUCCCCCCAUCUGAGUACUCAGAUCCAGGCUUCAUCACCGAGUCCUACCAGAUGCUGCACCCCAUCAGCUCAGAGGACCUGCUCCCGAUCAAGUACGAGAGCAUCCACGCUGGGAUCCUCGACCCCCUCCCCAGGGACUACCUCCCCACCGUCAAGCAGGAGGUCGUCUCCCUGGACAACAUGUGCGUCGGCCACAUCAGCCGAGGCACGCUGGACGGCCAGGACUCUUUCGAGAGCACGGAGAGCACAGAGAGCUGCGAGUGGAGGCUGAUGCCCUUCACUGGCCUGCAGAGGGUGCCGUCCUACGACGGCUUCGACUCGGAGGAGAGUCCAGAGGUGCCUCCAGCCCACCGGGCCAAGGGAACCUUCAAGGACUACGUGAGGGAGCGGCCCGAGCUCAGCACGGACAAGUCCGUCAUUCCGGCGGCCGUGCUUGCGGGAUACACAGGAAGUGGACCCAUCCAGCUGUGGCAGUUCCUCCUGGAGCUCCUUACAGACAGGUCGUGCCAGACCUUCAUCAGCUGGACAGGUGAUGGCUGGGAGUUCAAACUGUCUGACCCGGAUGAGGUAGCGCGACGCUGGGGAAAGCGGAAGAACAAGCCUAAGAUGAACUAUGAGAAGCUGAGCCGGGGCCUGAGGUACUACUAUGACAAGAGCAUCAUUCACAAGACAUCGGGCAAGCGCUACGUCUACCGCUUUGUCUGUGACCUGCGGAGCCUGCUGGGGUACGCCCCCGAAGAGCUGCACGCCAUGCUGGACGUCAAGCCCGAUGUGGACGAGUGA